UCUAUAUAUGAGGAAACUGGUUUAGAAAGGUAUAGGGAUUUGCCCAAAUCCUACCAUCUAAUCAUUAAGUCUAAGGCAGCUAUGUCUGUUGUCUCUGCAAGGGUCUGAUUGGGCUUAAGUAUGUCAAUGUGACCCCAGAUCCCAUCCCCCCCACCCUUACCUCCUUUUGUGAAACAAAACACAAAAAGCUGCUUGAUUUUAUGGUAAAGGUCUCACAAAAAGGAUCCAGAGCCAUGUAUUCAGGUGCGGAAAGGGAAAAAUAGCAUGCAAUCCCCCUCUCUUCUUCUUCCAAGUGCCAAACUUUGCUCUUCCACAAUAUUUCCUCCCCCUCUGGGAUCCAUAAUCUCCCUGCUGCUUGGCAGCCUCCUUUCCUCAGAUGCGAUUAAGGGGCCAGUUUCCAAAGGAGAUUACAGGGGCAAAGUCAGUCUCCCCUUCCGUGGGAAUCUGGGCAUAAAGGGUCUGGGGACAGAGGGGGACACCGGCAUAUUGGGAAGAUCUUUGAGUGGAACAAUUCCACUGUCACCCUGUCACGAUGGCCUUCCUGCCUAGGAGCAGUGAGGAAGAGGAGGAAGUAUCUUGGCCCAGCACUAGCCCAGGCUCUCCCUGGAAACCAGACCCUCUGAAUCAGGUCAAGGACUUGUGGGAUGACCAGGACAUUCAGGUUUCUUCUCAAAAGCCCCAUCCACCGUCCAUCACCGUGGAAGCCACAGAUACAAAUGAGGUGGAAAGCGGGGAGCUCAGGUGGCCUCCCGAGGAGCUGCUAUUAUCAGACAGUGAAGAGGAAGAGGAUGAGGCCUUUUUCCAGGACCAAGAUGAAGAAUCAGGCUGGGCUUGGUGCCCCUUGGAUCCCAGAUCCUCUCUAAGAACCCUCAAUCCUGGAUCUGACUGGGAGCAGGAGGAAGAGGAAGAAACCUGGGGGGAGAGUGAAACCUCCUGGAUUUCUGGUGAGUGAGAUGAAGACUC